CGUUUUUACUUUCCAAUGCAUUCGCUUGUUGGCGUCGCAGCAGAAAAAGCAGUUCGCUUUUUUCAGCUUCUAUAUGAGCGCCGGCGAAGCCUGGAUCCAAAGUCUGGUAGUUUUCCCUGAUUUGAAGGAGGAACAACUAUCGCUUUGAGGAUCAAGCCAUGUCAGCGCUCUUCAAUUUUCAUUCGUUUCUUACGGUUGUGCUAUUGGGAAUUUGUACAUGCACUUUUGUGAAGAUGCACUUUCCAGCGAUCCUGGAACAGAGAACAGGGUUUCGUGGGUUUUUCUGGAAAGCAGCCAGAAUAGGUGAGCGGUUGAGCCCCUGGGUGGCUGUAGGGUGCUUCACGAUGGGUGUGUCUAUAAUAUUUUUCUGAGGAAGAAAAAUCUUAUGUGUAUUUGAAGUAAGCCCCGUCCCUUUUGCUCAUAUGGUAAAUACGCCACCCACUGGAAUUUGUUGUCAUCAAUCAUUUCUGUGAUGACAAGUGUAUUAAUAACCUUUUCCAUUGUCAUAUUAUGAACUUGUUUCAAGGCAUUUUUUGGCAAAUAUAUUUGUUGUUGACUA